CAUCACUUAAUAUCCCCCAAAAGAAGUAGGAAAACUAGACUACUACAACCAAACAUGGGCCGUUCAGACCAAGGAGGUCCCAUCGGGGCCAUCAUCCAUGGAGUCACCUCAGGUAUCGGUUUCGCUACCGAAGUCCACAGUUACAAGAAAACCAAGAAAGCUGCUCGGAGGGAGCGCGAGCAGCAGCAGCAGCAGCAGCAGCAGCAAGAAGAACAAUCAGAGCAAGAAUCAUCGCAUUCUCCCUCCCAAUUCCCCCCUCCCUACUCAGUCACCCCGCCCGGUGACCAGAACAAAACCCCAGACGAGACGACAAGAACACUCUCACUAAGCCAGUCCACCCCUCCAGCAACCGACAUCGAGCGAACCUGGCACCUCGACGAAGCCCAAGAGCUCAUCGCCGAAGAAACCGCACAGCCCCGCACGAGCAAGCAAGGAACCGCCAACCCGGACAAAGUCAUCGCCGCCUUCCUCCAACGCCGACUCCCUCCCCCAGAUGGCGCUAUGCACCUCUCACCAGUCAGUAAACUCACCUACCCAGUGGCGAUCCCCCAGCGCCGCCCCAAGGACAAAAAGCGCGGCUUCAUCCGCGCCUACGCGCCCGACCUGCAAGCCGUCGGCAUCGACCAAGACACCUGGCUGGACAUGAUCGAGACGCUCAACGAAGCCAGUCUCGCCAACCCUUGGAUCAAUGCGAUCAAUCUUGCCUCGAUAGCCGCUGCUCCGCUGCCGUUCGCUAUAUCCACCGCCAUCUCGAUGGCGAUCAUGGUGGCGACGGAUGUUGCAAUCGAAGCGCAGAGCCGGUAUCGCCAAAACAAAGCCCUAGACAGAUUGAACCAGGAAUUCUUCCAGCCCCGCGGCCUCUACUGCCUCGUCAUGACCUGGGAUGCCACCGCCGCGGACGACGCCCGCAUCAACAUGAACAUCAACACGACCGUCCAGAACACAAUGGAUAGCCAGGGUCGCAUGUCGCAUAAGUUCCAAUCGUCGAAUGGCGUCACGAACGGGAUGGAGUCGAUGCAGACGGCCGAGCUGGUCUUCCCCGGACUGGACUUCCUCGCGACGGCGACUCAAGAUGAGCAGGCGGGGUUCAAGAAGAAAUUGGCGCGGGGCAAGAUGUUUGUGGAUGAUUAUCUGGAUCGCAAGGCGCAGGCGAAAUUCCUCGCCGAGAACCCGGAUAGCUAUCUCACCCAAGCUGGUAAGCCGAAAUUCGCGUCCAAGUAUGCCGAUCCCACGCAUCCGAUGCAUAGUGGGCUGUCGGGGGGUAUGCGGGGAGCACACCGACAACAGGGUCGGGGCUUGGGCUCGAGGGGGGACCUAAUCGGCCGGAGGAUAGAGGGGAGACGAGGUGGUGGCGGUGGUCUUCUCGGCCUGGUCAAUAUGGCUGCGCAGGCCGUGGCGGACCGUGGCAGCAACAAUAACAGCAACAGCAACAACCACUCCAACCCCCCAGCCCCAUAUGGCAGCUCUAACCCGCCCGCGCCGUACGGUGGAUGUGAUUCCGCCCAGCAUAACACCGACGGUGAGUCUAGACCCCCGGUCGCAUACGGUGGAUCCAACUCUAGUUAUUAUGAUAACUAUUACAACGAAUAUCCGGAACAACAGCAGCAGCAGCAGCAAUAUCGUCGCACACGUGCAGGCCGCGGUGGCGGGCGGGGUCUCAAUCUCAAGAAUCUGGUCAGUUCGAAAGUCCUCUAUCUGAUGGUCGUCAACAUGCCGACGGAGGAGGAAAUGGCUCAAGCCCGGAACUUGACUGCUGGAUGGAAUGUCCAGAGGCAGCAGGAGCACUUUUAA